CGAACACCAACGUAUGGCCGAGUUUCUCGCUCAUUUACUCCACCGCUUGCUUGUUGGCCAAUCCCCCGCUGCGAUUAUGUGACAUGUCAUUAUCAUCAUCGUGACUUAUAUCUUGUGAAGGGCCAGGAAGGGUUGAACGAUCGUGCAAGAGAGCCCCGAUCUCAAGAGAGUCUGGGAGGAACUCUGUCCGUCGUAAAACAUCUAGUUUUGAGACGGACGCGUCUAUCAAUUAAUAGUGGCAAACAGUGCGAAAUCUACGCGAACGUUUAGGCUGCACCGACUCCAAGAAUUGUACCCGUGACGAUCCUGCACUAGUUCCAGAAGGCUGUUCCUGCGGAACCUGACAGCAUAUCGUGGUAUUGGCGUGAUGGCUCUGGCACUGGACGCGAUGGUGCAUCAGGCGGUCGAGACCAGCGCCGGAGACCUCUGGAAUCUGAGUCAGUUCCUGUGGGCCAACCCGGAGACCUCGCUGAAGGAGGCCACGGCCCACGAUAAGCUCUGCGAUUUCCUAGAGCGCAGGGGCUUCAACGUCAGGCGUCGGUACCUAAUGGACACCGCCUUCAAGGCGGAGUUCGUGGCACCCGGAGGAUUGGACGGACCAACGAUUGGGUUUCUUUGCGAGUACGAUGCCCUGCCCGAGAUCGGCCACGCCUGCGGCCACAACCUGGUCGCCGAGUGCGCCGUCGGUGCUGCCAUCGCCGUCAAGGAGGUCAUGAACGAGUUCAAGAACAUUCGCGGGAAGGUGGUGGUACUGGGCACUCCAGGUCAGGAAAACUAUGGCGGCAAGGAGGCCCUCUUGCAGAAGGGCGCCUUCAAGGAAUUGGGCGCAGCUCUCCUGGCGCACCCGGCAAUGUUUGACUCUGUCAAGCUCCCGCUCGCCGCCAGGCAGCAGAUCACGGUGCAGUUCCAGUGUAGCCCACACUUCAGGUCACCCUGGGAAGCGCCCAGCGCUCUGGACGCCGCAGUCGCGUCCUACGUGAACCUGGCGCUCCUUCGCCAGCAGGCUAAGCCUCCCAGCAGGAUAAUGGGCAUCAUGCUGGAGUGCGGGCGGAGCGACAUUCUGAUGCCAGAGGCGAGCCGGAUGGUGUUUCACGUGUACGCCCCGACGGUGCCCGAACUGGCCAACCUGAUGACGCGUGUCGAGGCCUGCUUCGAGGCAGCGGGUCAGGCCACCGACUGCGCCCUCGUGCAAGAGAAGAGCGUCGUCUACAAGAACUUCGUCCACAACAGCAUCCUCGACGCGGCCUACGCCAAGCAUGCACGUCACAUGGGUGUCACGUUCGCCAAAGGCGACGAGGCGCUCAUGCUGCCGUCGACCGCUGCCUCGGACGCGGGCAACGUAUCGCAAGCGCUGCCGUGCCUGCACGCCAUGUUCGCCAUCGCCAGCGCGGGCACCAACCACUCGCGAAGCUUCGCCGCCGCCGCGGGAUCCCGCGAGGCGCAGACGUCCGCGCGGAAGGCGGUCAAGAUUCUGGCCCUGACCGCGCUGGACCUGUACACGGACCCCAAGCUCCUGGCGCGCAUCAAGCAGGAGUUCCAGGAGUGGAAAGCCAAGCAGCGACCGUAGCUGUGACAAGGUCAACAAUGGCAUUAGACAUGGCGACGAAAGUAGCAACGACAGCAGUAGCAAGAACUAGUGUGCACCGGCAAAGGACAGCGUCUGCAACAACGACUUCAACCGCAGCAACUGUGCUGAAGCUGUUGUUGCAGUAACAGCUACUGAAGCGACACGAAGAAGACCGGUUGCAAGACUCACUGCCAACCAAUACAGCUGUCUCCUGGGGCAUUGC